AGGCCUCCCACCGCGCCUGCGCUGAGGAUGGACACUAGCUCGUCUUUCCCCGACGCCCAGCCGUCCGGACCGGGGUGAAAAACUGCGUGACACGCAGCGAGCGUGGCGGCCAUCUUCGUCUUCUGGGCACGUCAGCUGAGCCGGUUAAGGCUGAAGAGGAGCGUUGCGCAAGCGCACCCAAGACAGUCACAGGUAACUCCCAUCUGACGAGCGAGGCGUCGCCGUCGUCGCCGGAAGUUUGGUGUUUGCGCCGCGGGGGAGGCGGCGGCCGCAGCAGUAGCAGCUGAGUGUCUCCUGAUACCCGGAUGUGAGGCGAUCCGCUGGCUCUGUUCUGACCCUCCGCCAGGCGAAAGGAAGAUUGUCUUUGGCUAUAGAGUUUUUUUUUUUUAAAGAUUAAACAUACAGGAAGUGAUAAGAAGUACCAUUCAUUAGAAGCAUCAUCCAUCAAUCAACUUGAAGAAAAAGGUGAUAUACUAUUUCUUUAAGGUGCUGUGUGAUGUGUUAAGAGCAUAUUAUAAGGAAUGAUUUUGUCUAAUUUUCAUGAGUUAUGGUGGCUGAGACAUCGAGUCUAUGUUGUGGGGCAAAAACUAAAUGGCAGCACAAAAGGAAAUCUAUAUUAAUAGAAUAUUUUAUUGAACAAAGGAGGUUAGAUAAGAACUGCAAACCAACAGACUCAGCAAACAAGGAAAGAAACGUGUUAGCCAUAAGACAUGUUUCAAGUGAAUCGAAGUCCAAUAACUGUAGACUUCAGAAGAAAAAAGUUUUCAAAAAUUUUAUCAAAACAGGUCACUGAUAAAUAACUCCCCAGUAAUAGGGCUAGGCCUGAAACCAAAAUUAAUUAAAAAAUUAACAAAACAGUUCGAACCUGAAUUAAAUUUCUUUUCAUAAAAAAACUUGUUAAAAAUAAUCAAAUUAAAUUUUCCUCAAAUUUUUAUUACCUUGUCCAAAGUAAAGCAAGUAUCUUUUAGCAUUCAUGCCAGCUUUUCUCAUGUUCUAGGAAUGACAGAAACCUUACUUGAAGCAAACUAGUAUUUUUGUUGAAAAUGUGUAUCAGCAUCAGUUAAAGUUGAUUUUUCAUACCUGCUCCUCAGUAAUAAUACUAGCUAAUCAGCAUUCACGCCUACCAGGACACAAAAAUCCUCUUCAAAAUUACACAGAAAAGAAAGUCAUUACUCAGGAAUGAUGUCCAUUCAGGAGAAAUCAAAAGAGAAUUCUUCCAAAGUUACUAAAAAAAGUGAAGAUAAGAAUUCAGAAACAGAAAUUCAGGAUUCUCAAAAGAAUCUAGCAAAAAAAUCAGGUCCAAAGGAGACUACAAAAUCACAGGCUAAAUCUUCCAAUGAAAGUAAAAUAAAUCAGCCAGAAUUGGAAACACGCAUGAGUACGAGGUCAUCAAAGGCAGCGUUUACUGAUAAAGCUACCAAAUCCAUUAAUAAAAAUACAGUGACUGUGAGGGGACAUUCACAAGAAUCUACAAAAAAGAAAUUAUCUCAGAAAAAAUCCGUGCAUGAAAACCCUAAAGCAAAUGAACAGCUUAACCGGAGAUCACAAAGGCUACAACAAUUAACAGAGGUUUCAAGAAGGUCUUUACGCAGUAGAGAAAUUCAGGGUCAAGUUCAAGCAGUUAAACAGAGUUUGCCACCAACUAAAAAAGAGCAGUGUAGCAGUACUCAGAGUAAAUCUAGUAAAACAAGUCAGAAACAUGUGAAGAGAAAAGUACUGGAAGUAAAGUCUGACUCUAAAGAAGAUGAACAUCUAGUAAUUAAUGAAGUAAUAGAUUCCCCCAAGGGGAAAAAACGCAAGGUAGAACAUCAGACAGCUUGUGCUUGUAGUUCUCGGUGUGUACAAGGAUCUGAAAAGUGUCCUCAGAAGACUACUAGAAAAGAGGAAGCGAAACCUGUGCCUGUAACUUCUGAGGUGAAAAGAUCAAAAAUGGCUGCUUCAGUGGUCUCGAAAAAGAAUGAGAUAAAGAAGUCGGUUCAUACACAAGUGAAUACUAACACAACACUCCCAAAAAGUCCACAGCCAUCAGUGCCUGAACAAAGUGAUAAUGACCUGGAGCAAGCAGGAAAGAGCAAACGAGGUAGUAUUCUCCAGCUCUGUGAAGAAAUUGCUGGUGAAAUUGAGUCAGAUAAUGUAGAGGUGAAAAAGGAAUCUUCACAAAUGGAAAGUGUAAAGGAAGAAAAGCCCACGGAAAUAAAAUUGGAAGAGACCAAUGUUGAAAGACAAAUACUUCAUCAGAAGGAAACAAAUCAGAAUGUGCAAUGUAAUCGUUUUUUCCCAAGUAGAAAAACAAAGCCUGUGAAAUGUAUACUAAAUGGAAUAAAUAGUUCAGCCAAGAAGAACUCCAACUGGACUAAAAUUAAACUCUCAAAAUUUAACUCUGUGCAGCACAGUAAGUUGGACUCUCAAGUUUCCCCUAAAUUAGGCUUAUUACGAACCAGUUUUUCACCACCAGCUUUAGAAAUGCAUCAUCCAGUGACUCAAAGUACAUUUUUAGGGACAAAGCCACAUGAUGGAAAUAUAACUUGCCAGCAGGAAGAAAUGAAAGAAACUAAUUCUCAAGAAGUGAAAAUUAAUGAUAUUACAGUAGAAAUUAAUAAAACCACAGAAAGGGCUCCUGAAAAUUGUCAUUUGGCUAAUGAGAUUAAACCUUCUGACCCACCAUUGGAUAAUCAGAUGAAACAUUCUUUUGAUUCAGCAUCAAAUAAGAAUUUCAGCCAAUGUUUGGAAUCCAAGCUAGAAAACAGUCCAGUGGAAAAUGUUACUGCUGUUUCAACUCUGCUCAGUCAAGCAAAAAUUGAUACAGGAGAGAAUAAAUUUCCAGGUUCUGCUCCCCAACAGCAGAGUAUUCUCAAUAACCAGACGUCUAAAAGCAGUGAUAACAGGGAGACUCCACAAAAUCAUUCUUUGCCUAAGUGUAAUUCCCAUUUGGAGAUAACAAUUCCAAAGGACUUGAAACUAAAAGAAGCAGAGAAAACUGAUGAAAAACAGUUGAUUAUAGUAAGUAUACAACUUGAUCGUUUUGGUGAACUCCCAACUGUACAGUUGUCCCAUGGGAGAGAGUUGGUAGAUCAUUAUUGCUGUAUUUGGAAUUUCUUCAGAUUUCAGACUGCCAUGCCAGGCCACAUAAUUCUGGGCUGGAAGAAAGAAAGAAUUCUGGCAGAAUACCCUGAUGGCAGGAUAAUAAUGGUUCUUCCUGAAGACCCAAAGUAUGCCCUGAAAAAGGUUGACGAGAUUAGAGAGAUGGUUGACAAUGAUUUAGGUUUUCAACAGGCUCCACUAAUGUGCUAUUCCAGAACUAAAACACUUCUCUUCAUUUCCAAUGACAAAAAAGUAGUUGGGUGCCUAAUUGCGGAACAUAUCCAAUGGGGCUACAGAGUUAUAGAAGAGAAACUUCCAGUUAUCAGGUCAGAAGAAGAAAAAGUCAGAUUUGAAAGGCAAAAAGCCUGGUGCUGCUCAACAUUACCAGAGCCUGCAAUCUGUGGGAUCAGUCGAAUAUGGGUAUUCAGCAUGAUGCGUCGGAAGAAAAUUGCUUCUCGCAUGAUUGAAUGCCUAAGGAGUAACUUUAUAUAUGGCUCAUACUUGAGCAAAGAAGAAAUUGCUUUCUCAGAUCCCACUCCUGAUGGAAAGCUGUUUGCAACACAGUACUGUGGCACUGGUCAGUUUCUGGUAUAUAAUUUUAUUAAUGGACAGAAUAGCACGUAAAACAAAUUCUUGCCUACACCACUAGAAGACAUCUAUUGAAGAGAAUGGAUUGGUUGCUGACUUUAACCAGGAACUAGGGCCAUUUUUAUUACGAUGAACUCAGGACUGGCAACAACCAUAUGGUUGUUCCAUUUUCAUAAAAUUGGAAACAAUGCAGUAAUAGCUUAUUGUUUUGUUUUUUAAAGAAGAUAUUUUAUUAUCUUUUACAGAAAUUUAUGAUUGAUGUAUUUUAUCUAUAGUUAUUUAGACAUGUUUACAUGCAGCAGAUAAUUGUUCAUAGUGGACUGAAAACUAAUGCAAGGACUAUGGUCUCAGUGAUAAGUAUAUUUUGAAGUUCUUAAUAUGGAAAUAUACCAGUGUAGCUUGGUACUGUAUUUUUUUAUAUUGAUCUGCUGAUACCAGUGAUAGGUUUAAGGAUUGUAUUUUCACAGAGUGGAAACCCAUUUUUUUACUUAUUGUUCAAGGAGGGUGCAAUAUUAAAUGUUUUGGAAUUUGAAGCUAAUUUUUAAAAGGCCUGAACUAUACUUUGAAGAAACCCCGAUAGAAAAGGAAAGCUCCAGCUAAACAGGAAGAAUUAGAAUAUUGAGCUUUUUUCCCCAAUUUUUCUUUCCUAUCUUUGAUGGAAGGAGGAAGUAGAAAGUGGUAAAGAAUUGAGGCUUUCCUUCUUGAAGAGGUAUAAAUGACAAGCAUUAGGAAAGGUACCCUCCUAGAUUCAUUAUUCUUUCAUUCUGGUUUCACUUUUAAAAAUAAAUGGCAACUUGGCACCCCUAGGCUGUUAACAAAUCUCAAAGAGGUUUAUAAAAACCUAUAGAAUACUUGGAAGCAAAGUAUGGAUGAGUCGGUAUCUGCUUUGUUAUUCCUCAGAAAUACUGCACUGAGUAUAUGCCCUCAUUACUGGACUUCAUUUUGAUACUUGUCUAUCCUUCAUAGUGCCCUCUACUUUUAAAGGGUUUAUAUGUUGAAAAACUGCUGUGGCCUUUUAUGACCUGUAUAUAAUGUAGAAUAAAAAUAAUAAAAUACUUGAUAGCUUUUUCUAAGUGACCAAUGUACUAACUGAGA